GCUGCCGCUGCUGGGGCCGCCGGCGGCGGCGGCGGGAUGAGCGGGGGCCGUGGCGCCUGAGACCCCGGGAGCCCGAGCCCCUCCCUCCGCCCUCCGCGCCCCGGCUGCCGGAAGAUGAAAGAGACUGUCCAAGGGAAACGCCCCUGGCGUUCGGCAACCCCGGGAGCCUCCCCGAGGGCGGCGGCCUUCCCCCGGCCCCGCCGGGAGCGCCUCCGCUGGCCGCCGCCCCCCAGGCCCUCCCUGAAGGCCGGAGGGGGGUUCGGGCCGGCCCCCUCCGGCCCCGGGGUCGCCCUCCCCACCCGCCGCCUCCCCGCCCCCCGGCCCUCCUUCGACGCCUCGGCCAGCGAAGAGGAGGACGACGAGGACGACGAGGAUGAGGACGAAGAGUCCGAGGAGGAGGAGGACGACGAGGAUGAGGAGGAGGAGGAGGAGGAGGAGACGGCGGACUGGGGGCUGCCGCCCGGCUGGGACCGGCUCGGGGGGCCCCGGCCCCCGCGGCCGCCCCCGGCCCGGCCCCCGCCCCGCCCCCCGCCCCGCCGGGCCUGGUCUCAGCGCCGCCGCCGGGCCAUGCAGGCCCUGCAGCUGCUGCUCUACUCCAAGAGCUCGUCGCUGACAUUCCACUGGAAGCUGUGGGGGCGGCGCAGGGGCCGGCGGAGGGGCGCCCCGGCCACCAAGACCCUCCCGCCGCCCCAGGAAGGCGGCGCCGCCCCCGGCGCCCCGCCUCCCCCCGGCUGCCGCUUCGGAUCCCCCCGGGGCCCGCCCCCGCCCCGGCUGGGGCUGCUGGGGGCGCUCGUGGCCGACGGCGGUCCCGGAGGGGCCCUCCCGCCUCUGGGGGGGGAUCCCCUGGAGGACGAGGCUCCGGGGCGGGCCCGGCGCUCCCCCCGGCCCCCGGAAGUGGACCCAGGCGCGGCAGCGGGCGCUCUCCCCAACGGCUUUGGGGGGAUGACGGGGCCCGAGGGUGAGGCGGGUCCGCUCCCCGCCGACGCCAGCAUCCUCAUCAGCAACGUGUGCAGCAUCGGGCCCCGGGCCGCCCAGGAGCUCUUCCAGGGUCCCGAGCUCGGGGCCGCCGAGGAGCGCGAGCGGCCGGGGGACAAGGCCGGCCAGCACAGCCCGCUGCGGGAAGAGCACGUCACCUGCGUGCAGAGCAUUUUGGAUGAGUUCCUGCAGACAUAUGGCAGCCUGAUCCCCCUGAGCACGGACGAGGUGGUGGAGAAGCUCGAGGACAUAUUCCAGCAGGAAUUCUCCACCCCCUCCAGGAAGGGGUUGGUGCAGCAGCUGAUCCAGUCCUACCAGCGCAUGCCGGGCAACGCCAUGGUCCGGGGCUUCCGUGUCGCCUACAAGCGGCACGUGCUGACCAUGGACGACCUCGGCACCUUGUAUGGGCAGAACUGGCUCAACGACCAGGUGAUGAAUAUGUAUGGAGAUCUGGUCAUGGACACCGUCCCAGAGAAGGUCCAUUUCUUCAACAGUUUCUUCUAUGACAAGCUCCGCACCAAGGGCUACGAGGGGGUGAAAAGAUGGACCAAAAAUGUGGAUAUUUUCAACAAACAGCUGCUGCUCAUCCCCAUCCACCUGGAGGUGCACUGGUCCCUCGUCUCGGUGGACGUGCGGCGGCGCACCAUCACCUAUUUCGACUCCCAGCGCACGCUCAACCGCCGCUGCCCCAAGCAUAUCGCCAAGUACCUGCAGGCCGAAGCUGCCAAAAAAGACCGGCCUGAUUUCCACCAGGGCUGGAAGGGUUACUUUAAGAUGAACGUGGCCAGACAGAACAAUGACAGUGACUGUGGGGCCUUUGUUCUACAGUACUGCAAGUUCUUGGCCCUUUCUCAACCCUUCAGCUUCACCCAGCAGGACAUGCCCAAACUGCGGAGGCAGAUCUACAAGGAGCUGUGUCACUGCAAACUCACUGUGUGAGCCGGUGGGGGGG